AUGGCUUCUCUGCUCGCGGUGCUGCUGUUGGCUGUUGGGGCAUAUGGGUGCGGCGUUCCCACCUACAAGCCUCUGACAUCCAGGGUGGUCAAUGGGGAGGAUGCAGCUCCCAACAGCUGGCCUUGGCAGGUGUCGCUCCAGUACACAUCUGGCGGUUACUGGUACCACACUUGCGGUGGAACCGUGAUAGCACCACAAUGGGUCCUGACCGCCGCUCAUUGCAUCAGUUCAUCCAAUACGUACAGAGUACAGGUCGGGAGGCACAACCUGAGACAGAACGAGCCAGAGGCCAGGACAAUCAGCGUGGUCAAACUCAUUAACCACCCCAGGUGGAUCUCCAUCUUGCUGUCCAAUGGAAAUGAUAUUUCCCUCAUCAAGCUGGCCGAACCGCUGGAAUAUAAUGACAUCAUCCAGCCAGCGUGCUUGCCCGCUGCCGGCUACAUCCUGCCCCACAAUUUGGGCUGUUACACCACAGGCUGGGGAAAUGUUCAGACUGGUGGACCCGCACCCGAUGCCCUGCAGCAAGGUCUUCUCCUGGUGGUGGCCCACGCAACAUGUUCUCAGUCUGACUGGUGGGGAAAUACUGUGAACACUCGCAUGAUCUGCGCUGGCGGAGAUGGAGUCGUGUCCAGCUGUAACGGAGACUCCGGUGGACCCCUGAACUGCUUGAAUGAUCAAGGCUCAUGGGAGGUCCAUGGUGUCGUCAGCUUCGGCUCCUCUCUUGGAUGUAACUACUACAAGAAGCCCUCUGUCUUCACUCGUGUCUCGGAGUACAAUAGCUGGAUUAGCACGACCAUCGCCUCCAACUAG